AUGGCGCUGGCGGUGCCGCCGCCCAGUGAUCGCAAGCGGGUGAAAGUAUACGAGCUGCGGAAUAACGACUGGUUCGAUCGAGGCACUGGCUUCUGUACUGGCCAGAUUAUCGAGGAUGAGCCCCGGAUCUUCGUUGAAUCUGAAGAUGAACCCAACCGCGUCUUGCUCGAGACCAAGAUCACCAAGGACGAUGGCUAUCAGAAACAACAAGAGACGUUAAUCGUCUGGACUGAACCGAAUGGUACGGAUAUGGCGCUGAGUUUUCAGGAGGCGGAGGGUUGCGCCGUCAUCUGGGAUUUCGUGAAUCAUGUGCAGCAUCAUCUGCUGAGCAUGGCGGCUGCAGAUGACGCCCUGUCGGACGACCUCGAGAGCUACCAGCAGAUCAUGUUACCGUCGCCCGAACUUGGAAACCUCCCCGAAAUUGAGCAGGUCAUGAGAGCGGCGAGCGUGUCUCAGACCGGUCGGGAUGCUCUGUCAAAAUACGUGAUCAAGGACGAGUACAUUGCGAAGCUGAUCCCCUUGGUCACCAUGGCGGAGGACCUGGAAAGUCUCGAAGACUUGCAUCGGCUGUGCAACAUCAUGAAAUCCCUGAUCCUCCUCAACGACAACACCAUCAUCGAGAGCGUCGUGACCGACCCUAUCAUUCUCGGUGUCGUCGGCGCCCUGGAAUACGACCCGGACUUCCCCACGCACAAGGCGAACCACCGCCAGUAUCUCGCCGACCAGUCGCGCUACAAGGAGGUCGUCCCCAUCAAGGACCCGGCCAUCCGCCGCAAGAUCCGCUGUACCUGGCGCCUCCAAUACCUCAAGGAUGUCGUGCUGGCCCGCAUCCUCGACGACCCCACCUUCUCCGUCCUCAACUCCCUCAUCUUCUUCAACCAGGUCGAGAUCGUCAACCACAUCCAGUCCAACGCCCCCUUCCUCAAGGAGCUCUUCGCCGUCUUUGACCCCCGGAACCCGGACACCAGACGCAAGGACGACGCCGUCCAGUUCCUCCACCAAUGCGCCGCCAUCGCCAAGAACCUGCAACCGGGUGCCCGCGCCACCUUGUUCGCCAACUUCAUCAGCCAUGGCCUGUUCGCUGUCAUCGCCUUCGCCGUCAAACACCCUAGUCCGGCCAUGCGCACCACCGGCAUCGACAUCCUGGUCGCCCUGCUUGACCAUGAUCCCGUCAUGAUGCGCGGGUACAUGCUCAAGGCCGUCAACGAGAAAAAGACCCCGCUGACCGACACUCUGAUCGAUCUGCUGCACAUGGAGACGGACCUAGGCGUCAAGAACCAGCUGGCCGAUGCCAUCAAGAUCCUACUCGACCCGCAGAUCCCGCUGCAGGACACCAUGGGCCGUGCUGGCGUCGAGUACUUUGCCAAGCUGCGCCCAUCCAACCUGCUCUCCGAUGCCUUUGUGCAGAAUCAUUUCGACGAGUCAGCCAAGCGAUUGUUCCAGCCGCUCAAACGACUGGAAGGUCGAUCUUCUCUUCAUGACCUCACGUUCCAGGAAGUUUCCCUGUACGCCCUUCUGGUCGAUAUUUUAACGUUCUUCGUCCGGCAACAUCUGUUCCGGAGUCGAAACUUCAUUCACAGCGAGUCUUUAGCGCCUCGUGUUGCACAGCUCCUGCGGGUACCGCAGAAGCACCUCAAACUCACAGCCCUCAAGUUCUUCCGUACUCUAAUCAGUCUCCAAGAUACCUUCUACCAAGCGCUAAUGACCCACAACAACACGUUCGGCUUGAUCCUUGACAUUGUGCACGAGACCAUGCCGCGCGACAACCUGCUGAACUCGGCCUGUCUGGAACUGUUCGAGUUCAUCAAGCGAGAGAACAUCAAACCAUUUAUUCUGCACGUGGUCGAGAAAUACCGCGAGAAGCUGCUAGCCAUUCACUACGUGGAGACCUUCCAGAACCUGAUCCUACGGUACGACCAGAUGCAGGGCUACGGAGCCACCGCCGAGGGCGACUCGGCACUCUUCUCAUCGCAAGAAGAAGGGACCCCCGUCGCGGCGGGCCGGGCCCAGCCAAACGGCGGCCAGCGCUGGCAGGGUGCCAAGGAGAUGGACGCCGCUGAGGAGGAAUACUUCAACACGUCAGAUGACGAGGAUGAGGUAGGUCUUGUUGUAGAAUACCUCAGUGAGCAACACGGCAAUGAGUCUAAUUUUCAGACGCAGUGGGGGCCGAACACUACCGCUGCUGCUGCUCCUCCAAUUGCAGCUUCCCCGACGCCCAACGGCUCUGCAUCACCCGUGGUGAAACCCCUGGUGGAUUAUCCCGACGAUGAUGACGAGGAGGUGGAGGAUUCGAUGGACGUGAAAGAGGCCGAACCAGCCGAGAAAUCGGGAGCACCGGAAUCCGACCCGAGCGAGACCACGACUGCACAAACGCCUCCCGAAAGACUUUCUGAAAAGCGAAGGCGCGAGGAGGAAGACGAGGACGAGCUGAUCAAGUUAACGUCCGUUCCGAAACGACGCAGCUCGACGAGCAGCCACGGAAGCAGCACGACGAGCUCGGGAUUCAUGCGGCGACGGAAGAGCCUGUCGAUCGGGCCUAUUAACGUGUCGGAGAAGGCAUCCACGACGACGACGACGACGACGACGUCAAGCAGGACGAGCGUGCCCCCGAAACGCAUCGCAAUCAAUCUCGGGUCUGCGGCAAUCAAGACGGCGUCCCUGGAGACGGAGCCGGACAGCACCAAGGAGAACCAGACGGGGGAUGGGGGGUAG